AUGGCAAACAAUGGUGUUCCCUUCCAAGUUCCAUUGCUCACUAAGAGCAACUAUGACAAUUGGAGUCUUAGGAUGAUGGCUAUCUUAGGAGCACAUGAUGUGUGGGAGAUAGUUGAGAAAGGCUUCAAUGAACCGGAAAAUGAUGGUGGUUUAUCUCAAACACAAAAGGAUGGUUUGAGAGAUUCAAGGAAGAUAGACAAGAAGGCUCUCUGUCUAAUCUAUCAAGGAUUAUAUGAAGAUACAUUUGAGAAUGUUGCUGGUGCAAGGACGUCCAAAGAAGCAUGGGAGAAGCUUCGGACAUCUUAUAAGGGAGCGGAACAAGUUAAGAAGGUACAUCUUCAAACUCUAAGAGGAGAAUUUGAAGCGUUACAAAUGAAGGAAGGAGAACUCAUAUCAGAUUACUUCUCAAGAGUCUUGACGGUUACUAAUAACCUAAAGAUAAAUGGUGAGAAGUUAGAUGAUGUGAGAAUCAUGGAGAAAGUUCUUAGAUCAUUGGAUUCAAAAUUCGAACACAUCGUCACCGUGAUUGAAGAGACAAAAGACUUAGAGACUAUGACAAUAGAGCAACUUCUUGGAUCACUACAAGCUUAUGAAGAAAAGAAGAAGAAGAAAGAAGAUAUUGUGGAGCAAAUAGAGACGAUUCCAGUUCCUCGACACAAAUGUGGCCAAGUAUUUGGUGGCGCAGGAUCGUUCUCCAGUGAAGUUCAGAGUGAUGGAUAUGGUUUGAUGUCGUACUCUUCUGGGACACACCAAAAAGCUGAGUGA